UCGAUAACUCCGUUCCGCGCCCCUGUUCAAUAAGCGAAGGCCCCGUUCGAUCGCUCCGCUCCGUGUUUUACGCGCUCCCCCCCUCCUCUCCGCCGAACUCCAGCCCCUCGCGCUCCCUCUAUCAGCCUCUCACUCCGUCUCAAUAUGUCUCAAGAUGGCGGCCAAUGCUGGAUCGAUGUUUCAAUAUUGGAAGCGCUUUGAUUUACAGCAGCUGCAGAGAGAACUGGACGCCACGGCCACGGCGCUGGCCAACCGACAGGAUGAGAGCGAGCAGUCCAGGAAAAAGCUCAUCGACCAGAGCCGCGAGUUCAAGAAGAACACACCAGAGGAUCUGCGCAAGCAGGUAGCUCCGCUGCUGAAGGGCUUCCAGGCAGAGAUCGACGCCUUGAGUAAAAGAAGUAAAGAGUCGGAGGCUGCCUUCUUGAACGUAUAUAAGAGAUUAAUCGAUGCCCCAGACCCAACGCUGGCCCUGGAGGCUGGUCAGCAGCUGCAGUUGAAGGUACAGAGAAUGCACGACGUGGAGACGGAGAACCAGAAGCUGCGCGAGACGCUAGAGGAGUACAACAAGGGCUUUGCUGACGUCAAGAAUCACGAGGUCACAAUUAAAGCGCUUAAGGAGAAGAUCAGGGAGUACGAGCAGUCCUUGCAGAACCAGGCAGAAGAUCUGGCCCAGGAGAAGGAGCAACAGCUUCACAAUGACUAUGCAGAGAAGGAGAGGAAGCUGCAGGAAAACCAGGAAUCCGUAGCCUCCAAGCUGGAGGAGGCCAACCAGAAGGCGCAGGCCCUCCAGACAGCACUUAAGGAAACUCAGUCGGAGCUUCAGGAACUGAAGAUCAAGUAUGAAAAAGAGUCCACAGCAAAGGCCGAUGAGAUUGAGGUUGUCAUGAGUGACCUCGAGAAGGCCAAUCAGCGUGCGGAGGCGGCGGAACGGGAGGCGGAGACCCUGCGGGAGCAGCUGACAUCUGCCAACAAGUCCCUACAGCUGGCCACGCAGAUCCAGAAGGCGCCCGAUAUGGAGCAGGCCCUUGAGGUGCUGUCCCGCUCGAGCCUGGAGGUGGAGCUGAGCGCCAAGGAGCGGGAGGUGGUGCAGCUGGCGGAGGAUGUGCGGCGGCUGCAGACCAGCCUGAGCAAGCUGCGCGAGAACUCGGCCAGCCAGAUCUCCCAGCUGGAGCAGCAGCUCAGCUCCAAGGCCUCCACCCUCAAGCAACUGGAGGAAAAGCUGCAAGAGCAGGCUGACUAUGAAGAGGUGAAAAAGGAGCUGAGCAUCCUGAAGUCCAUGGAGUUUGGGCAGUGUGACAGCUCAGCAUCACAGGACUCCUCGAAGCCCCUGGAGGAGAAGAACCGCAGUCUGCAGUCAGAGAGCGGCCCGCUGCGUAUUUCCAACAGCGAGCUGAGCGGGACGAGCAGCCGCAAAGGGAAGGAGGCCCCCGUGGAAAGCCAGCAGCGUCUUCCCGCCACUUCUUCCGCCACCAGCCUACAGGGCUCCCCUCCACCAGCCUCCUCCCAGCUGCUUCUGCGGUCUGGGACAGGCACCUCCGAACCGGCCACUAGCGCGAACGGCACGCACCCCUUCUCCCCGACGGGCAUCGGGCAGGAAUUCUUCAGUCCCGCUAUGGCCAGCGCAGGCAACGCUUUCCCUCUGGCAAGCAAGAUGGCACUCAACUCCCUCCUUCAGCGGCAACUUAUGCAGACCUUCUACUCCAAAGCUCUCCAGGACUCCCCCUCCGGUGCCAUGCUGUUCAGCCCUAGCGCCUACGCCUCCAGUCCCCUGUCGGCCAGCCCCCUGCCGCAGCCGCAGCACCAGCCCACGGGCAGCCCGGACGUGAACGGCAUGGCAUCUUCCCCCAGCCAGUCGGAGGGCGCGGGCAGCGUCUCCGAGGGCGAGGACAUGGACACAGCAGAGAUUGCACGUCAGGUGAAGGAGCAGCUCAUCAAGCACAACAUUGGCCAGCGCAUCUUCGGACACUACGUACUGGGCCUAUCGCAGGGCUCCGUCAGCGAGAUCCUGGCUCGGCCCAAGCCCUGGAGCAAACUCACCAUCCGCGGCAAGGAGCCGUUCCACAAGAUGAAGCAGUUCCUCUCCGACGAGCAGAACAUACUGGCGCUGCGCAGUAUCCAGGGACGUCAGCGAGAGAACCCAGGCCAGAACCUGAACCGAGUGUUUCAGGAAGUUCCGAAGCGAAGGACCGGCUCCGAAGGCGCCUCGCGGCCAGGUAACAUCACCACCAGGAUCCGCACCCCAGAAAGCGGUUCCGAUGAGGCCAUCAAGUCCAUCCUGGAGCAGGCCAAGAGGGAGCUGCAGGUUCAGAAAACAGAUGGUGUGGGACAGAGACAUCGGCGAACAGGUUACCCAAGAAGCGUGGGCAACUAUUUGGAAAAAUAUGCACAAAGUCUCAAACUUGCCGAACCCUCGCAGGGUCCUCCUUCCUCCGGGAGCGGCGGCAGCUCCGACGACACCAUCCGCUCCAUUCUGGAGCAGGCGCGCCGUGAGAUGGAGGCUCAGCAGGCAGCGUUAGAGCCUGUGCUGAAGUCUCGACCGCUUUCGCCCAAACUGAUGGCCGCUGCCACGGCCUCAGCCCUGACCACAGUGCCUGCCUACUCGCCACUUGCUCUGUCCCUGAAGAAGCCGUCCGCGGUCGCAGGCCCCCAGUCCUCGUCUUCAUCCUCCCCUUCGCCCUCCCCGCUCCUCGACUUCUCCACCGUGAAAAAAGAGAGCGGCGAGUCGUCUGGCACCGAGGGCGACGGAGUCCCCAGGCAGGGCCGAGGCCCCUGGAGGGACCAGUGGUGGAGCUCCGUGCAGUUGGACCGCCGUGCCACGCCUGCCUCGACAGAUGAGGGUCGCGCUCAGGAGGAACCCAAGGAGAAGCCUCCUCGGCUGGCAGGCUCCUCGGCCGCCGCCGCUGCCUCCUCCUCCUCCUCCUCCUCGGACUUCUGGAAGGACUGGCCACGCGCCGAGUCCCCCUUUUCGCAGAGCUCCGAGCUGAGCCUGCAGGGCCCCAGCCGCAGUGAAACCCCACAGAGCAGCCCCCUGCCCACCUCGCCGCUGCUGCCCCUGGCCAAGGCCGCGAAGGCCACAGUGGCCCCCCUCACUCCCGAACAGUACGAGUUCUACAUGUACCAGGAGGUGGACACCGUGGGCCUCACGCAACAGGUCAAGGACAAGCUGGCCAAGAACGGGAUCUGUCAACGCAUCUUUGGAGAAAAGGUUCUCGGCCUGUCACAGGGCAGCGUAAGCGACAUGCUGUCCCGGCCCAAACCCUGGAGUAAACUCACCCAGAAGGGCCGUGAGCCAUUCAUCCGCAUGCAGCUUUGGCUGAAUGGGGAGCUGGGCCAGAGCGUCCUGCCGCUGCAGGGCCAACCACAAGAGAACACGCCCAAGACGUCGGCCAGCUGCAGCCCCGCUCCGGAGUCGCCCCUGAGCUCUGCCGAGGAGUCGGUGAAGAGCUUGGGCGAGCCCCCCGCCUCGCAGCCCCCCGCCUCCGAGUCGAGCGAGCCCUGCGAGCCGCUGCCCGUCCCGGGGCACUCGGGCCUAAGCAUCCAAGAGAUGGUGGCCAUGUCUCCGGAGCUGGACACCUACGCCAUCACCAAGAAGGUAAAGGAGGUGCUGACGGACAACAACUUGGGGCAGCGUCUCUUCGGGGAGACAAUCCUGGGCCUGACCCAGGGCUCAGUGUCGGACCUGCUGGCCCGGCCCAAGCCCUGGCACAAGCUCAGCCUCAAGGGGAGGGAGCCCUUUGUGCGCAUGCAGCUGUGGCUCAGCGACCCCCGCAACGUGGAGAAGCUCAUGGACAUGAAACGUAUGGAGAAGAAAGCCUACAUGAAGAGGCGUCACAGCUCGGUGAGCGAGAGCCAGCCAGCAGAGCCCGGGCUACCUGGGGGGGAGGGGAGUCAGAGCGGGAGCCCCCAGCACCAACAGCACCAGCUGAAGAAGCCCCGUGUUGUCCUGGCACCUGAAGAGAAGGAGGCCCUGAAGCGGGCCUAUCAGCAGAAGCCCUACCCCUCCCCCAAGACCAUUGAGGAGCUUGCCAGCCAGCUGAACCUCAAGACCAGCACAGUCAUAAACUGGUUCCACAACUACAGGUCUCGAAUCAGACGCGAGCUCUUCAUUGAGGAGAUCCAGGCUGCUGCUGGGGAGGGCAGCUCCCCCUCAGCGCGGGGGAGCAAGGCGGGUGAGGGCGACAGCUGCGACGGCACCGAGUCGGACGGCACAGUAGAGGGCCGCCCCGGCGGGGUCUCGGGCUCCGAGGGCAACGGGGCUGACCUCAAGGAGGUCAAGGAAGGGAUGGGUUUGGAAAUGUCCUCCGGCCCCCCUGCGCCACAGGACACCGCUACCUCAGCCCUCAGCCCACCUGGAACGAGCAGCCAAAAGGGCAGCGCUAUUGGCAGCUUGUUUAGCUUCUCCGAGACAGCACCCAUAGCCAGGAACCCCAGGGACAGCAGCCUGCGCAAGAAGAAGGCAGCUAACCUCAACAACAUCAUCCACCGCUUGGAAAAGGCGGCCAGCCGUGAGGAGCCUUCCGAGUGGGAGUUUUGAAGCACCCUGACGGGAAAACGUUUAGCUUUUUUUUUUUUUU